UAAAUUAUAUUAAAUGAAAAACGGAGAAAAAAUAAAAAUACUACAUGAAGCAGUGUUUAUAAAAAGGGCGUGUGUGUUGCCAGUCCCCUCCACGUCUCUUCUCCAGCAGCAGCAGCAGCAGCCAUGGCCGCCGGCGUGAGGAACAUGCUCAUCGCCUUCCUCCUCCCUCUCCCCUCCCUCCUCUUCUUCUUCACCUUCGUCCGCCCCUCCAACCAGGACAGCAGGAGCACGGUGUCGUCGUGGUGCGCCGCCCACCCCCUCCUCGUCGCCAACCUCGUCUUCCUCUUCAACGUCGACCUCCUCUUCUGGCUCAUCGGCAAUCUCCUCUCCAACCACUGGCUGAUCGAUCUUUACUGGACCGUCAUCCCGGUGAUGCUUCUGCACUACUACAGGGCCCACCCGGCCGCCGUGGCGGACGCGGCGAGGUCGGCUGUGGCGGUGGCGCUCACCUGGGUGUGGAGCGCCAGGCUCACGCACAACUACCUGAGGAGGGAAGGGUGGCAGUGGGGCAAGAGGGAGGACUGGAGGUUCGCCGAGAUGCGGGGCCAGUACGGCGACGCGUGGUGGUGGAUGUCCCUGGUCGCCGUCUACCUCUCGCAGCAGGUGUUCCUCAUCGGCGUCUGCCUCCCGAUGUACGCCAUCCACUCCAGCGACCACCCAUGGGGCGCCUGGGACGUCCUCGCCACAGUGGCCUGCGUCGCCGGCAUUGCCAUCGCGCACUUCGCCGACACCCAGCUGCACAGGUUCGUGGCCACCAACGAGAAGCUGAAGAAGGUGGGUGAGCCGACGGUGGCGACCCUGGAGGAGGGGCUGUGGCGGUACUCGCGGCAUCCCAACUACUUCGGGGAGCAGCUGUGGUGGUGGGGACUGUACCUCUUCGCCUGGAACGUGGGGCAGCCAUGGAUGCUGGUCGGGCCUCUUGUGAACAGCAUGUGCCUGGGCUAUGUCACCGUGCUCGUGGAGCGGCGCAUGGUGAAGCAGCAGCACCGAGCAGAGGCCUACAAGCUCUACCAGAAGACCACCUCUGUGUGGAUCCCCUGGUUCAGGAAGCCACUCCCUCAGGCUCAGCCCACCACCACCACCAACUAAAUUGCUCUCUCUUUCUCAUUCUCUUCAAGUCUUCAUUAUUAUCUGUGUUUGGUUGCUCCUUCCUGUAUGUCGUGUUCUUUGUGAUUUUUCAUCUCUUGUCGUGUAAUUAACUAUUUGUAUAAUCUGUAACUUGUAUCAUCGUCACCUGUCAAGGUGUGAAUUUACGGUGUUCCCGACAUUAAUAUCUCUUCUGUGUAAUGUCAACACUAAAAUUAAAAUGAUAAUGAGGGAGGGCUGUGUUGCUAGA